AUGUCGAAUGCCAGAAGUCAGGACUGGUGCUUGGUGCUUGCGCAAAAGGACACAACCCAUUUUGCUGAAGAUUACGUCUACCAAACCGUCAGCAGAAACCUCACUGACUUGUUGUCUCACUGCCCGCACGCGGAUGAGCGCGUGCAUCUGUCAGCCCGCCAUAUCCUGCAAGAGCAUGCCUUGGGCGGCCUCGGCUUCGUGCAAGAGCUGAUCGCAGACACCUUGCUCAGUCAGAUGAGAGACAUCUUGUCAACCAGCGGAGAGAUAAAGGUGACCUGGAAUCACAUGCAGAUGUACUUGAAGCAUCUCGAGCCGCUCCUGCGAGGGCUGACGAGGCGUCAACGUCAGGAUUGGGCAUCUCUGCUCGUGAAAGUGAUACAUAACCUUCCAGCAGCUCCAGCUCCCCUUGGCGCUACUCGCCAGAAGGUGGUGCUUCAUCAGCUGAAGCUCCUCUGGUAUGCUGAUGACGAUCCCAAUCGAACCUAUGCAGAUGAGAAAAAGCAGCUCCUGGCCUUCGCGGACUCCCCGAACUUCGAAGAGGUGAAGAAUAGCUUGCCAAGCCUCUUCCGUUGCUAA